AUGGUUCUUCUAAAAUUAGCGCGAGUCGCCCACAAGGCUGUACUUAGUGAUGCAAGGAAGUACCGUGACCAGUGUACAAAAUUGGAAAUAGCGAAUCGCCAUGCUAAAGCUCAAUUGGUGGAAGAGCAGAAGCAAACGAAUAAAACCAACGAAGAAUUGCUAAAUUGCCAAAUGAUGCUGAAGCUUCGCACUGCUGAACGUGUUAAAUUGCAUAUGCGGCUAAUGGAUCUCCAAAGGGAGUUCGAAACUGAAGUGAACGAGAAACAAAAGGAGUUGCGCGCUCUCCAUGAUGAAAUUGCCGGCAGAGCGGUCGCGGAAGCAGAGCUGUCGACUGAGUUGGAGCGAGAGAGAAGCCGCAGUGAAGAGGCGAUGCGACGUCUUUCCGAAAUUCAGAAAGAACGUCCACGAGUCGUUGCCCCUCCCAUAUUCCCACAGCACAGCCGUGAGCGCCCUGUCGACUCAUAUCCGCCCUCGGAUAUCACUGGAAGGUCAUCAAGGAUCUCGACUAAUACUCUCAAAGAGGAGGAUGAGGAGGAAUUUCAUGCUUCCAUGAUAGCCGGAACUAGCGGUUCGAGAGCUCCAGUAAUGUCUGCUCAUUAA